AUGGAAAGAGACUCAGAGGCAAAACCGCCAAACCAUGAUAACCUUGAAAUACGGAUUAUACAAAUCAAAGAUGUGGAUAAAGCGGUUAAUUUCCUUAUGGAAUACUUCUUCCCCAACACUCCAUUAAGCGUUGCUGAAAACAAACCGACAGCUGAAAAUGCUCUGGAAAUUCGCCAAUGCAUUGAGACCUAUGGUUGCAGUAUAAUGGCUCUGGAAGGUGAUGAAAUAGUUGGCGUUUGUACAGCCUCGCCCAAGACAAGAGCUUCCAUUGAAGAAUACUUCGUGGAAGCCGACAAAUUGGGCAAAACAAAUAGAUAUGGCCAAAUUCUGAGAUUAGUUGGGGAGGUAAAUCGUGGUGCCGCUAUUUUCGAUCACUAUGGUGUUGAGAAUAUUCUAUGUUUGUAUCAAGCGGCAGUUGCACCCAGCCAUGGCGGAAGAAAUAUAGCAACACGUAUGACCCAGGAAUUGAUGCGCCUGGCUAAGAAUUGGAAUUAUCAGGUAUUGUCCAUGGACUGCAGUGGUCACUAUAGUGCUAGAGUCUGUGAACGCCUGGGUAUGGAAUGUCUCAAUACAAUUGCAUAUGACACGUAUCGAAAUGAUAGUGGUGAAGUGAUAUUUAAACCUCCAUUUCCUCGUGUGGCAAUGAAAACAUAUGCUAAACGCUUGUAA